AUGGGAGUUAUGCAACUUAUUCAUCGUUUGCCAUCUAUAGAGAUGAUCGGCACAGAUAUUUUAGAAGAGGAUGAGAACGGGGCGGCGAGGCUGGAGCCCAGAUCAUCUACCAUUAGUCGAUUCGCCAUUCAUCAUUCAUCGCUGGAUACGUAUUACCUCGCCAAUGUCGUAUACUCAUGCAAGGUUCUGAAGGAGUUCCAGUACUCUAUCGGGGGGAGGGACGUACCAGGCGGAAGCUAUUCGAAAUUCAAUCCAAAGACGUUUUUCUUCACGAUCUUGCCGCACAGAGAGACCUUGGAAAUAUUGGAUGUGGAUGCGGAGUGUCAUGUUACUGAAUUCAGCUGGGAGGUGGUGGAAUAUGAGGAAUUGGAUGAACGUUUUGAGGAAUGGGGUGGUCGACGUGAUGCGGAGCAUGUUUGGACAGGGACGCCACCGGACUCAUUAUGGGAGCAGAGCGGAUCACUAUUGGAGUUUCGCGCAUUGAAACGAUUGAGUCUUGGGAUUCACAUUCUGAUGUAUUAUGCUCAGGGUGUCAACCUAGCAAAGAAAGAGAGCUUCAGUCUGGUUGAUUGCUUGCCGCCGAACCUGGAGUAUCUGCUCAUUCGGGGGUAUGAGAAUGGUGCAAGCGAGAUGCAUGAUGCUCAGAUUGAUUCGCUGGUGGCAUGGAAAAAUAGUGGUCUAUCCAGCCUCAUAGAGAUCCAGGGAAUUACGGAGUGCAUACCGCAUGCCGAGGAUGUGGACGAUCCUGAUGAUGAAGAUGCCCCACUGUGGGAACGAGAAGAGGAGUGGUCUUCAGAAUCCGAUUGA